AUCUUUCAUUCUGACCCCUCAGGCAAAGUCAGCUCUAGAGAGCAGCCUUCUUCAACCUUAUGCACUUUUUUUUUUCUAAACAAAAUUUCACAAGUCAUCUUCUGCAGCAGGCAGGCUACAGUAUUUCUUCAAGUCCCAUCAGUAUGGUUUUGUUGUUGUUGUGACCUAUAGUUAUUACACAGAAUAUUAGAGAAUCUAUCUCAUCUUUUAAUUUGCUAUUCAAAACACAAAGGCCAAAAACCUUUUAAGAAGGCUCACAUUUAAAGCUGACACUACAGAGAAACUCAUAAUACAAUAGCAUGUAUAAGGCUGCAUGAUCUUAUACAACUCACAGUAAUCUUAAAGCACAUCAAUUUCAUCAUCUUUGAAAAGAGAGAAUUCAGUUUAAUUAAGUCCUACUACAGGCCAAAAGCAAAAUAACAACAACAACAAAAAAUCAAAAACCACCACCAAACCUCUGCUGGACAUUGAGGAAACUAGGAAUACAAAGUUAAACAAUGUUUUUUCUCAAGGAGCUUAUACUUACUUUUCCUUGGGAAUACAAUAUGUACCUAUGUAAGCAAAUACAGAGUACAUACAGAAUUUCAACACAAAUAACACAAAAUUUUAAAAGGCACACAGAAAUUUUUAAAGGCAUCAAGAGAUUCUGAGAUCUACUUGGAGGAAGUGAAUUACAGACAUAAUAGUCGGAGCAAAGCAAAGAUUAUGAUGACUUUGGACUGAAUGACCUCUAAAUUCUCGAUCCAAUUCCAAAUUCCCUUCUAAUUCUUGUCGUUCUGUGAUUGUAUGUUUUAAUCUCUUCCACUUUUGUGAUAGAAAGGGAUUGAGAAUUUUUGGUGGAGAGUGUUUCUUAGGAUUAUUUGUAGACUUCUUUGGGCCUCGGCUUCAUUAUCUGUCAAAUAAGGCAAUUAAACUAGAAAAUCUCUAAAAAUUUUAAGUUCCAAAAGCAUGUGUUUCUAAACACCUUCCUAACUCACUCAAAGAAUGUGGACAAACGAUGUUUAAAGUAGUAGAUAGGAAUUCAUUUCCCUUGCAUUCAGGAUGUAUUAUGCAAAUACAGAAUUUAGAGCUCACCUAUUCUAACCUCACCCCCUCUCCACUUAGGAAAGGAAACUGAGGCUCAGAGAAAAGUUAUACAUAUUAUUGCCAAUUUCAAACCAAAUAACAGAUCUAAUACAUUUUCUUAGGAAAGAGCAAAUGCUAAGACAGGAGAGCUGAUUCAAAACUGAAAAGUACGUUUUGUGGAAAGGAUAAUUAUGUUAUGGAGUAGACUCAGGAACAAGAACCUGAAAUAGUUUAAAACUGGAUGAUCUCUUAACUCUAAUGGAGCUAAUGAUUGGGGAGAAGAACUUAAAUUUAGAGAUUCAAAGGAUUUUGGAGAUCACUUAAUCCAACCCUGCUUAUUUUAUAUAUAAAUUGAAUCUCAGCUAGAAAAAAGUGACUUUCCUACAUCACAGAGAUUUAGCAAGGAAUAAGGUGUUCUGACAUUAUAAGCAGACAGUACUGAAGCACUGUGUGCAGUAGAAGGAAACUAGAUUUGUAACCUAGUGUCCAGCUUCUUAAAACUGUCAGGUUCACGACCCCCUUAUGGGGUCUCCUAAUUGAAUGGGGGGGUUGAGAUUAUUUUCAAUAAGUAUUUAAUUUAUAUACCUAUAUACUGGGUAAUGUAAAAAUUUCUUUGAAAAGUUGUUUCAAGGAGAGCUUUUAAGAAGCCCUGGCCUAGUGUUCCUUGGUUCUAAUCCUGGUCCCCUCACUAUCUGUAUGACCUUGGGGUUAACCUCUAUGGGCCUCAGUUUCUUCCACCUGUAAAAAUGAAACUAGACGAGAUGUUUUCUAAGGUCCCUUCUAGCUCUAAAACUACUACCACUAUUUUAUCUCCCCCCCCCCAACAUCCCUCAGCUCUGAAUCUCUGAUCCUAUCCCACUCUUCUACAAAAAACUUCCUUCAGACAAACAGUAAGAUUGGAAACAUUCCAGUAAUUUCUUUUUCUUUUUUGCUGAGGCAAUUGGGGUUAAGUGACUUGCCCAGAGUCACACAGCUAGGAAGUGUUAAGUAUUUGAGAUCAAAUUUGAACUCAGGUCCUCCUGACUUCAGGGCUGAUGCUCUCUACUGCGCCACCUAGCUGCCCCAAGAUAGAUAACAUUCAACAAUUUCCCAUUAUAAUUCAGAAAAUUGAGAGCAAAUGAGGGAAGUGAUUCACAAGAGCACAGGGGUGAUACAUCAAAAAAUGAAAUUGAACCCAGAAUCAGACGCAAAUAAUAAAGGACUGACAUUCUGAUGCUUGGUAAGAGGGACCAGCUGGGAAACCCAGGGACAAGAAAUGGUGUCUCUAGGGAAGUGAGAGGACAGUAUUAAUUCAGUUCUCCGAAGGAACUGUCACUGGCCCAAGCUCGAGAACAAGUAACCGCCAUUCUCAACCGCCCAACUGACAUAUGUAAACCACCCUCCCACCCCUCCAACUUAUAGACAGGGAGGGGGCGGGGCCGAUAGCCCUCGGUGCUUUCUACUCGACCUGCCGUAAACCGGCGUUCUCUCGCGACAUUGCCGCGCAUCCAUUACGUGCGCGGUCCCCGGGCCUUCGUCCCCUUCCCCCUGCCCCUCCGCCUCCCACCCCACUUUCCGCCUGGGCCGCCAUUCUCUCGUGCCCGCGCCGGUCGGUUGGUGGCGCCUUUGUCCUACGACGGACGGCUACGGAAACGAAGGAGGAGGCCCCAGCGGCCUAGGCGUAUAUGACGGCAGCCGUGGAGGCGGUGGCUGCCCCUUGAGGAAAAGAACGGCUGGGGAAGGCCCACUACUCUGGUAGCGAUAUUAAUAAGGCAGCGGAAAGAAGAAAUAUGAAUACGGCUCCAGCAAGACCCAGCCCAGCACGAAGGGAUCCAUAUGGUUUUGGAGAUGGUCGGGAUGCAAGACGGGAUCGGUCCCCAGUUCGAGGCAGCCCAAGGAGAGAACCCAGGGAUGGCAGGAAUGGCCGAGAUGCCCGAGACUCCAGAGACAUGCGGGACCCCAGGGAUGCCAGAGACAUGCGGGACCCCAGGGAUUCUAGAGACAUGCGGGACCCCAGGGAUUCUAGAGACAUGCGGGACCCCAGGGAUUCUAGAGACAUGCGGGACCCCAGAGACAUGAGGGACCCUAGAGAUCCCAGAGACAUGCGGGAUCCCAGAGAUAUGAGGGAUCCCAGAGAUGCCAGAGACAUGCGGGAUCCUCGGGAUAUAAGAGAUCUCAGGGACCUUGGAGAUCCUCGAGAGCUGAGAGAUCCCAGGGAUAUGAGAGAUCUGCGUAAUAUUCGAGAUGCCCCACGAGACCCUAUGUAUGACAGAUAUCAAGAUGUGAGGGAUUCACGAGAUCCUGUCUUUAAUAGGAGAGAAGAAGUGUAUGACCGUUAUCUGCGCAUGGAAGAGUAUUACAGAAGGAAGGAUGACACUUAUUUUGAUCGUUACAGAGACCACUUUGAUGGGCGAACUCCUCCAGGCCCAGAAAGUCAGUCCCGUUCUAAAGAGCGUCUGAAGCGUGAAGAGCGGCGUAGAGAAGAACUGUAUCGUCAGUAUUUUGAGGAAAUCCAAAGGCGCUUUGAUGCUGAAAGGCCUGUAGAUUGCUCUGUAAUCGUGGUCAACAAGCAGACAAAAGAUUAUGCUGAGUCCGUGGGGAGGAAAGUUCGAGACCUAGGCAUGGUGGUAGACCUAAUUUUCCUCAACACAGAGAUGUCACUGACACAGGCCCUGGAGGAUGUUGGCAGGGGGGGAUCUCCUUUUGCCAUUGUCAUCACCCAGCAGCACCAAGUUCAUCGCUCCUGUACAGUCAAUAUCAUGUUUGGUACUCCACAAGAACAUCGUAACAUGCCCCAAGCAGAUGCCAUGGUGCUGGUAGCAAGGAACUAUGAACGCUACAAGACUGAAUCUCGGGAGAAGGAACGAGAGGAAAUCGCCAGGCAGGCAGCCAAGAUGGCAGAUGAGGCCAUUAUGCAGGAAAGGGAGCGAGCAGCAGCAGCCCCCAUGGAAGAAGGGGUACGAGGUGGCCACCCACCUGCCAUCCAGAGCCUCCUCAAUUUAUUGGCUGAUAACAGGUACCUCACUGCUGAAGAAACAGAUAAGAUUAUUAACUAUUUACGGGAGCGAAAGGAACGGCUUAUGAGGAGCAGCACAGACCUUCUGCCAGCUACUAUUUCCUGCCAACCCCUUGGGGCGACUUCGGGCACUUCACUGAAAUCCCAGUCCAGCCUGCCUAGCCCCCAGCCUCUCCAGAGCAGUCAGGCACUCCCUCCGGCUACACCAGCUCCAGCAUCAGCCCCCACCCCACAGCAGGAGCUUCAGGCCAAAAUCCUCAGCCUCUUUAAUAGUGGUGCUGCCACUGCUGCAGCAGCAGCUGUUGUGGCCAACAGCAGUCCUACCCCUGCCACAGCUCCCCCAGCAGGCACACAGAACCAGAAUUUUGCCACCAUGGCUAACAACCAGUCUCAGCAGAGAUCACAGGCCUCAGGCAACCAGCCUCCAAGUAUCUUGGGACAGGGAGGCUCUGCCUGCAACGUAGGCCCCAGGCCCGGGGCUCCAUCUCAAGGGCUCUUCGGCCAGUCCUCCAGUCGCCUGGUACCUGCAAGCAAUGUUGCUGGCCAAAGGCCAGUGUCCUCCACAUAUAUCAACUUUGAUAAUCCAAGUGUACAGAAAGCCCUGGACACCCUGAUCCAGAGUGGCCCUGCCCUCUCUCACCUGGUGAGUCAAACCACAGCACAGGUGGGACGAUCCCAAGCCCCUCUGGGAUCCUACCAAAGGCAUUACUGAUGCUAAUUUAUCAAUACCACUUUCCCUUCAUUCCCACUCCUUCCUCUUCCACCCAUUUGCCACAUUCAUAGAGUUUUUCCAAGAAGGUUCCGUCCACAUCCAUAUUGAGUGUCAUGAACCUGUAUCACACCUUUCCUUCCCACCCCCAGCUUUGUUACUGAUCUCCCCCUAGGGCAGAGUUUGAUAGGCUCCAAGAUUUAGGGAGCAGAAGUGUAGGUGUCUGAGCUGAGUUGGCAAUUGGGUAUACCUUGAGCUUAGGAGAUGAAGAAGCCUAGACCUAGGUUUGGCCCUUCCUUAGGGCAACUGAAAUAAGUUUCUGCUCCACUUAGUAUGGAAUGUCAUUUGUUUAUUCACGGUCCAGAGCCAUUGCCUCUGCUCAUUUAAACAGCCACUAGCCCCCUUAGGAGGAGGCAAUAUUUAAAGGAAAGCUUGCCAAUUUAACACAGUACAAACCUAUAUUCUGCAAAAUCUACUCAGGAGGGAAUCAAGAAAGCAGUUGGCAAACUGGGUUUGAGUAGACACAGUGUCACCGACAAAAGCCAGAGGGAGAGACCAAUUUGAGGUUUAAUAAAAUCUUCCCUCAGGGUUUGGGAAAGGAAUUGGCCACAUUGUAGCCAUGAAAGCUUAUUAGCCAGGCCAUUUCAGCCUGUUCAGAGUUUUUGCAUUUAACUUAGCCAUCCCCACAGACCAAAUAGCUCCACUCGCUAACAAUUUAGCCCAGAUUGUAUGCCUAUCUCCAGGUCCCCCUCCUGUGACUGGCCUAUUAUUUUCUCUCAUGGGUGGUUAUCAGGUGGAGGAUGGUAAGGAGUCUAUAAUAUAAGCAAAUGCAACUCUAGAACCUGGCCCUAGAAUUCCAUUUUCUCAAAGAUUAUUAUUUUUUUUUUUUUGAGCAAUUAGCUUGGAGAAACAGACUGUUCAUCUCAACCCACUUGUUUGCUUUUUGGAGGAGAGGAGUUGUGGGCAAGGGAUAAUUUGAGGGCAGAUGUUCUAGCAGCUGCAGUGCAUCUUGUUAUGGACACCCAACUUUCCAUUCCUAAGUUUUAGCCUGAAUGAAAUUGUUGGUAGGAGAGCAUCUGGCUUCUGUUCUCUGUUGACACCAAAGGAAGCUGCUCUUUCCUUGGGGAUAUGCUCAUUCUACCCCUCUGAGCCAAAGCCUCUGAGGCUUGGGAGGGCCAGGAGGUUGGGCCUAUAGCUGUGCCAGGGCCUGCAACUGUUUGAACUUGGUUUAGAAAACUCAAGGUCCUUAGGUGGCAGCUUUUUGUUCCAACCUGUUUGUGUUAUAUAGUGUUUUUUCUCUUUGAAACUCUUGUGUUGUUAAUAAGAAUAUUACUUUUUAAUUAAAGAAGAAAAAUGCAAAAA